AUGGUGAGAGCUCCUUGCUGUGAGAAGAUGGGAUUGAAGAAAGGGCCAUGGACGCCUGAAGAAGACCAAAUUCUAGCUUCCUUCAUCCAAAAAUAUGGUCAUGGAAACUGGCGUGCCCUGCCAAAGCAAGCUGGCUUGUUGAGAUGUGGGAAGAGCUGCAGACUCCGGUGGAUAAACUAUUUGAGACCCGAUAUCAAGAGAGGAAACUUCACAAGAGAAGAAGAGGAAGCUAUCAUUAAGUUGCAUGAAAUGCUCGGUAACAGGUGGUCAGCAAUUGCAGCAAGAUUACCAGGACGCACAGACAACGAGAUAAAAAAUGUAUGGCACACCCACUUGAAGAAAAGACUCAAAGAUCAGACUUCAACCUCAUCACCAGCAAGCAGUGCUUCCAAUGUCACAAGCCAGUCUGCUGAGCCAGAAAAUAUGAAUUCUCCACAACCAUCUUCAAGUUCCAGUGAUGUUUCCUCAGUCACAGAAGUCUCAGCUGCAUUGACUCAUGAUAAUCACCAGGACAUGAUAACCAUCAAAGGCGAAAACAUGGAGCUUUCGGAAACAUUCCCCGAAAUCGACGACAGUUUCUGGUCUGAGGUACUCUCAGCUGAUAACUCCAGCAUCCCAUUGGAAUUUCCAGAGGCCACAAAUGAUCAAUAUUCAGGGGAGUUGGGUUUUACUUUUUGUCCAAACAUGGAUGAUGGCAUGGAGUUUUGGUACGACCUUUUCAUUAGAGCUGGCCAUGGGGACACACCAGAGUUACCAGAAUUUUGA